AUCUCAUAAUAACUGCAAAAGAGAAAGAAAUGGAUAAGGCAUGAGUCGUAGAAUAGUGUGAGUAUCAAUUCAAACACAGUAACAUGAUGAUGGUUGGUGCUGUCUCCAACUUCAAUUCCAUUACACUAGGAGUGAGAGUUGCUUCAUUCACAACUCCAAAUGCUAAAUCAAGAGGACUUUCUUUUUAUCUGCCUCUGUCUCCAUGGAGAAGAAGCUUAGAUAUUCUCUCUACUUCCAAUGGAACAACUCUCAGACAUCUCAAUACUCCAAUUUCAGCUGUUAAUUCAGGUUUAGAAGCAUCAAUUACAGAUUCCAAUGAUAUUUCAGCAUUCUUAACAGAUGCCACAGUAGUUGCAGAACCAGGAGAUGAUAAUAGGAUACAAUUAAGAGUGGACUUGACUGGUGUUCAAACACAGAAGGUGUUUGACCGAAUCCUUAUAAACUUAGGCCGUACGGCCCCACCAGUGCCUGGAUUUCGUAUGCAAAAAGGAGGGAAAUCAUCAAAGAUUCCGAAAGACUUCCUUUUACAGAUGCUUGGGGAAGAACGUGUCACUAAGUUUGCAAUACAAGAAAUACUCAAUUGUACCAUGGCUGAUUAUACAAAAAAGGAAAACUUAGAUGCGAAGGACAAGAAGGUUAGCACUAUUCAAACGAUACAAGAACUCAAAAAAUCAUUCACAGCAGGAAAAGAAUUUGGAUUCAAUGUUCUAAUUGAGCCUAAAAACUCCGAAGGUGAAUAACUUGUUUUGAGGGGUCUAGCAAUUACCGGAGAAACACGAUUUGUUGCACUCGAUGAUAUGCAGCUUAAAGAGUUAUUCUAAUGGCCAGUUGAUGAGGUCAUAAAAAUAAAGGCGAAAUAUUCUGACACGAAACGUACAGGAAAAAUGCACAAGAAACUCAUCAUUUAGAUUAUUCAUCCUGAUUUUGUGACAUUACUAAACUAACAGAGUGAAUAUUGCAGACUUUGAAUAUCUUUUUAGCCUUUUAAAUUAAAUGGUGAUUUGUCAAUUGGGACCUU